GUGAUACAUCCCUUUUUUUUAUUCCACCACCUCUUUGACGCAUCCUGAUGUCGUGACUGCGCAUGCGCAGCUUCUGGUCAACGGUGCAUGGAGCUCACUGCGCGCAGUUGUUUCUCAACGUUGACGUGACUUAGUUGUCUUGAGGUCAGCCGAGGCACCUGUUUGCAGCCAGUGUCUGAUGCUUUGACGGAAUGAGCGGCGCCGACACGGAGAAGAAACCUGCGGUUUACCGACGGGUCGUGUUGAAGAACGCCUCCCCGUACCACUACAUGAAGGUCCGCCUCGUUUUGGAGGAUGAGUCUACCAAACUGAGUGCAGUGGAGCUGAAGCAGUUCAUCAUCACGGGUCUGAACAGCCUUUAUGGAGAGGCGGGAGCAGCGCUGACCUUUGACCUGUUGAAGUACGAUGAAGACACCCUCACUUCCCUUCUGCGUGUUUACAGCAGGGGUUUGGUGAAGCUGUGGAGCUCUCUGACUCUGCUGGGCUUCUACCAGAACCGGGCCUGUGCCUUCAGGGUGCUGCAGGUGUCUCCGUUCCUUCUUGCAUUGACUGGAAACAGUCGAGAGCUGCACCUGGACUGAAAGAGGAGCAGCAGCAGCAUCGUUCUUCAGGAUGACGUCCCUGUGGAGGAUCGUCCUCAACAAACCGCGGCCGCGCCUCUC